AUGUAUAGCAAUUUCAAAGAACAAGCAAUAGAGUACGUGAAGCAAGCGGUGGAUGAAGACAACAAAGGUAAUUACGCGAAAGCGUUUCAACUUUACAUGAACGCGUUGGAGUACUUCAAAACGCACCUCAAGUAUGAGAAGAACCCUAAGAUCAAGGAGGCCAUCACGCAGAAAUUCACGGAGUACCUGCGUCGGGCCGAGGAGAUCCGGGCCGUCCUAGAUGAUGGGCCCAGCGGCCCACCUUCCUCCGGGGAUGCUGCUGUCGCUACCAGGCCCAAGACUAAGCCCAAGGACGGCGCCGGCGGUGACGGGGAGGAUCCUGAACAGGCCAAGCUCCGGGCCGGGCUCAACUCUGCCAUCGUUAGAGAAAAGCCCGACGUGAAGUGGAACGACGUGGCGGGGCUGGAGAGUGCCAAACAGGCUCUGCAGGAAGCGGUUAUCUUGCCCGUGAAGUUUCCUCAGUUUUUCACCGGUAAACGACGACCUUGGAGAGCGUUUUUGUUGUACGGACCACCUGGGACGGGUAAAUCGUAUUUGGCCAAGGCUGUUGCAACAGAAGCUGAUUCGACAUUCUUCAGUGUUUCUUCAUCAGACCUAGUUUCAAAGUGGAUGGGUGAAAGUGAAAAGUUGGUUUCAAAUCUUUUUGAAAUGGCUCGUGAAAGUGCACCUUCUAUCAUAUUCAUUGAUGAAAUAGAUUCUCUGUGUGGUCAGCGUGGAGAGGGUAACGAGAGUGAGGCUUCAAGACGAAUUAAAACUGAAGUUCUGGUGCAGAUGCAGGGUGUAGGACACAAUGAUCAGAAAGUUCUGGUUCUAGCGGCUACAAAUACACCUUAUGCUCUAGACCAGGCAAUAAGGCGACGUUUUGAUAAGCGAAUAUACAUACCCCUACCAGAUUUGAAGGCUCGCCAGCACAUGUUCAAGGUGCACCUAGGAGAUACUCCCCAUAGUUUGACAGAAAGUGAUUUUGAACAUUUGGCUCGCCGGACAGAGGGGUUUUCAGGUUCAGAUAUAUCUGUCUGUGUCAAAGAUGUUUUAUUUGAACCUGUUCGCAAAACCCAAGAUGCCAUGUUUUUCUUUAAGAAUCCUGAGGGCAUGUGGAUUCCAUGUGGACCAAAGCAACAGAGUGCAAUACAAAUUACAAUGCAGGAGCUUGCUGCGAAAGGACUUGCUUCACAGAUCCUGCCACCACCUAUAUCGAGGACAGAUUUUGACAAAGUACUUGCUAGACAAAGACCCACUGUAAGCAAGACCGACCUCGAUGUUCAUGAGAGAUUCACAAAGGAGUUCGGAGAGGAAGGAUAAUUCUGACGGAAUUUUUCUUCGACUAUAUGCACUAGUUCAAACAUGUUAUUAUUUGUAAUUUACAGAACUAUUGGAUCAAGUGAAGUGCAUAAUUUUACUUCUCAUAAAUUGUGUAUAAAAACAGUCUGAAAUUCUCAGAAAAAUAAAUUUCAUGUGAUAUAUGGUACCGGUUACUCAUGUUUGUCUGCAUUUUAA